CUUCUAGACUUGCCAGAAGCAACAGAGGACUAAAGAUGAAGAUUUUUUUCUUAUUCACCUUUUCCACUUUUAUGUUGUCUGCUUUUGAACAAGCAGCUGCUUCUGCUCACUAUGACAAGAUUUUAACGCAUAGUCGAAUAAGGGCACGCGACCAAGGCCCAAAUGUCUGUGCCCUUCAGCAAGUUAUGGGAACAAAAAAGAAAUACUACAGCACCUGCAGAAACUGGUACCAGGGAGCCAUCUGUGGAAAGAAAGCAACUGUCUUAUAUGAAUGCUGUCCUGGCUAUAUGAAGAUGGAUGGUAUGAGAGGAUGCCCUGCAGUUGCUCCAAUUGAUCAUGUAUAUGGUACACUUGGUAUUGUGGGAGCUACCUCCACACAGCAGUAUUCUGACAUGUCAAAGCUGAGAAAAGAGAUUGAGGGACGAGGAUCAUUCACUUUCUUUGCACCAAGCAAUGAAGCCUGGGAGCAACUAAAUUCAGAAAUUCACAGGAAUUUGGUUGACAAUGUAAAUAUUGAACUGUAUAAUGCUCUCCACCACCACAUGGUAAACAAGCGCAUGUUGACAAAAGAUCUUAAGAAUGGCAUGACUCUGGUGUCUAUGUAUAAUGACCAGAAAUUGCUUAUUAACCAUUAUCCUAAUGGGGUUGUUACUGUUAACUGUGCCAGGGUCAUCCAUGGCAACCAGAUCGCUACCAAUGGUGUUGUUCAUGUCAUUGAUCGUGUCCUGACCGCUGUUGGAAAUACCAUUCAAGAUUUCAUUGAAGUUGAGGAUGAUCUUUCAUCUCUUAGAGCUGCUGCCAUCACGUCAGAUGUCUUGGAUAUUCUUGGAAGGCCUGGUCAUUACACACUCUUUGCUCCUACUAAUGAAGCUUUUGAGAGACUGCCAAGGGGACUCUUAGAAAGGAUCAUGGGUGACAAGGUGGCUUCUGAAGCUCUCGUAAAGUUCCAUAUUUUAAAUACUCUCCAGUGCUCUGAAGCCAUCACAGGAGGAGCUGUCUAUGAAACCUUGGAAGGAAACACAGUUGAAGUUGGUUGUGAUGGUGAAAGUCUGACUGUGAAUGGAGGGAAGAUGGUGAAACGCAAAGAUAUUGUGACAAGCAAUGGCGUUAUCCACCUCAUUGAUGAAGUGCUGAUUCCUGAUUCUGCCAAGCAAGUCAUUGAGCUUGGGGGUGCCCAGCAGACUACUUUUACAGACCUCGUGGCACAGCUAGGACUGGCAUCUUCUCUAAGACCAGAAGGCCAAUACACUCUCCUAGUACCUCUGAAUGGUGCUUUCUCAGAUGACACCUUAAGGAUGGAUCAACGCCUUCUUAAAACAAUCCUGCAGAAUCACAUUAUAAAAGUGAAAGUUGGGCUCAAUGAACUGUACAAUGGACAAGAGCUGGAGACAAUUGGAGGAAAACUGCUUAGAGUCUUUGUGUAUCGCACAGUAAGUGAAUGGGGCUUUCUAACAAUCCCAACUAUGAAAAUUAAGAGUCAUGAAAGAAUGAAAGAAUAA